AUGUUGUUAAUUCUGACUGUCGGUGUUUCGCUCCUCUUCACCGCUACUGCUCGUCCGCUUGAUCCAGAAAUGCAUCAAAUCGGGCAGCAUAGGAUUAUUGAUGGACAGAUUCCCUUCGACACUGUUGUUGUUCCACCGGUUGUGAGAAUAAGAACACUUCCCUUUGACGAUUGGGCUGGAACUUCCGAAAUAUGGCGGGUGAUCACUGAUGGGGUAUUCGGUGGGAACUGA